UUGUUUGUUCGGUAAAUAUCGAUCUCUUCUUCUUUCUUUGUUAAGUACUAUCGAUUUUAUUUUUUUUGUUUUGUUGAAAAGUAGCAAAAUUCCAUACCCCAAACCGUCGCAAUCCAUUCCCAAAACCCAUGCCGCCGCCGUCGCCGUCGCUGCGGGAUCUCUCCGACGAGCUCGUCGGCGAGAUCCUCGUCCGCCUCCCGCCCGACGACCCCGCCUGCCUCCUCCGCGCCUCCCUCGCCUGCAAGGUCUGGCGCCGCAUCCUCGCCGACCGCGCACUCCGCCGCCGCCUCCACCGUGCUCCCCCCGUCGUCGGUUUCCUCCGCAUCGGCAUGGGAGAGGGGGACAUGCGCUACGGCUCCCGCUACACCCCCAACAACGGCGCCGCCUCCUCCCGCCGCCCCGCCGCCGCCGGCAGCCGCGACCUCCCGCUGUGGCUCGUCCUCGACUGCCGCCACGGCCGCGCCCUCUUCGCCACGCCAUGCCCACGCCGCGCCGCCGCCGCCACCACCAGCCUAGGCCACGACCUCGUCGUCUGGGAUCCCUUCACGAACGAGCACCGCCGCCUGCCACGGCCGUCGUCGCCACUCGCAAUCACCGGCCGCGGCUUCAACGCCGCGGUGCUCUGCGCCGCCGGCGGCGGCGGGGGUGGUUGCGACCACCGCAGCUGCCAUGGCGGCCCAUUCCUCGUGGCCCUGAUCUGGAGCCACAGCCCUAGCCCGUUCCUCCCGCACCUCCCCGGUGCCACCUCCGCUCGUGUCUACUCCUCCGACACGGGGGAGUGGAGCGACACGACCACCGUCGAACACCAUGACGUGUUCUACUACCUCGAGGACAGGUCGCCAUUGCCGUGCCGCAGCGUCCUCGUCGGGGACACGCUCUACUUCACCUGGAGCUCCACGCACGCCUUCGAGCUCCGGCUUGGCGGCGGGCAGCGGCGGUUGUCGAUCGUCUACGGCCCGCCACGCCCGCCGCCAUUGAUCGAAAGCAGUUCCCCCAUUUUCAUGAUGUCCAUGGGUGACGACGGCGUGCUGCGAUGCGUCGAGGUGGAGCCGGAGGACGAGAAAUUGUGCCUCCGUCUCCGAUUACGCCUGUGGUCGAGGAAUGUGGAUGACAACGGAGUCGCGCAGUGGAUCAGGGGAAGGGCAAUUGAGCUCGAGCCGCUACUCCCCGAUGGCGCCCUCCAAACUCCAUGGAUUCCCAGUAGUGUGCAGUUGCUCGGCGCCGUGGAGGGCACCGAUGUCAUCUUUGUGGGCACACACUCGCCUGAUCACCCUGCUGCUGUCUAUAUGGUCCAACUCAAUUCAAGGAGGUCCAGGAAGGUGUUUGACAAAUGCACUUCAGUUGUUCCCUACACAAGCUUCUGCAUUCCAGGAAUUGAUGCUGCUUCUACAAGUGAGGGGGCAAGAGAAGGUGCUUCAAGUGCAUGACAAUCUCAACUUGCUGUUGCAAGGGCUUCUGAAUCAAUCAAGCAGAAAGUCUGUCGUUCUGGUGUUCGCAAAUUUGUCAUCCAUACCCCCUCUUAAAUCGUCCUUAGGAUAUGUCAGUUGAUUUGUGGUCACACGACUAUUUGUGAUCGUGAUUUUCUGGUGGGAUGGCUAUUUUCAAUUCGUAUGAUAAAUCAGCUUUUGGACAAUGUAAAUCAGCUGUCACAGCAGGAUGAUAUUUGACUGGUAAUCUUGGUUUGGAUUCAUUUUGCACCUGCUA